AUGUCUAGCAAAUCCACCAGGAAGACCAAAACCAUCAGCCACCGAGGCUUCAGUGCCGGCUCAGCCAGAGUCCCUGGGGCCUCCCGCUCUGGCUUCAGCAGCAUCUCCGUGUCCCGCUCCAGGGGCAGUGGUGGCCUCAGUGGAGUGUGUGGAGGUGGUUUCGGCAGCCGCAGCCUCUAUGGCGUGGGGGGCUCCAAGAGGAUCUCCAUCGGAGGGGGCAGCUAUGGCAUCGGUGGCGGAUAUGGUGGCAGAAUUGGAGGUGGCUUUGGCUUUGGCGGUGGAGCCGGGAGUGGAUUUGGUUUUGGCGGUGCAGCUGGUAGUGGCUUUGGGCUCGGUGGUGGAGCUGGCUUUGUUGGUGGCUAUGGGGGCUCUGGCUUCCCUGUGUGCCCCCCUGGAGGCAUCCAAGAGGUCACUGUCAACCAGACUCUCCUCACUCCUCUGAACCUGGAAAUCGACCCCACCAUCCAGCGGGUGAGGACCGAGGAGCGGGAGCAGAUCAAGACCCUCAACAACAAGUUCGCCUCCUUCAUUGACAAGGUGCGCUUCCUGGAGCAGCAGAACAAGGUCCUGGACACCAAGUGGACCCUGCUCCAGGAGCAGGGCACCAAGACCGUGAGGCAGAACCUGGAGCCUUUGUUCGAGCAGUACAUCAGCAACCUCCGGAGACAGCUGGACAGUAUCCUCGGGGAGAGAAGCCGCCUGGACUCGGAGCUCAGGGGCAUGCAGGACCUGGUGGAGGACUACAAGAAAAAAUAUGAAGAUGAAAUCAACAAGCGCACAACAGCAGAGAAUGAAUUUGUGACUCUGAAGAAGGAUGUGGAUGCUGCCUACAUGAAUAAGGUGGAACUACAAGCCAAGGUAGACGGUCUCACAGAUGAGAUCAACUUCCUCAGAGCCUUCUAUGACGCAGAACUGGCUCAGAUGCAAACCCACAUCUCAGACACUUCUGUGGUCCUCUCCAUGGACAACAACCGUGACCUGGACCUGGACAGCAUCAUCGCCGAAGUCAAAGCCCAAUAUGAGGAGAUCGCUCAGAGGAGCCGGGCUGAGGCUGAGUCCUGGUACCAGAGCAAGUACGAGGAGCUGCAGAUCACAGCGGGCAGACACGGGGACGACCUGCGCAACACCAAGCAAGAGAUUUCUGAGAUCAACCGCGUGAUCCAGAGGCUGAGAUCCGAGAUCGACCAUGUCAAGAAGCAGUGCGCCAACCUGCAGGCCGCCAUUGCUGAUGCUGAGCAGCGUGGGGAGCUGGCCCUAAAGGAUGCCAAGAAUAAGCUGGCUGGUCUGGAGGACGCGCUGCAGAAGGCCAAGCAGGACCUGGCAAGGCUGCUGAAGGAGUACCAGGAGCUGAUGAAUGUCAAGCUGGCCCUGGAUGUGGAGAUCGCCACCUACAGGAAGCUGCUGGAAGGCGAGGAGUGCAGGCUGAGUGGGGAAGGCGUUGGACAAGUCAACAUCUCCGUGGUGCAGUCCACCGUCUCCAGCGGCUAUGGUGGCGCCAGUGGUGUUGGCGGUGGCUUAGGCCUGGGUGGAGGCAGCGGCUACUCCUACGGCAGCGGUCACAGCAUUGGAGGUGGCUUCAGUUCCGGCAGUGGCAGAGGCAUUGGGGGUGGCUUGAUUUCCACUGGAGGUGGCUUGAUUUCCACUGGGGGCGGCAGUUCCACCAUCAAAUACACCACCACCUCAUCCUCCAGCAAGAAGAGCUACAAGCACUGAAGUCCUGGCACCGGCUCUCGGUCCCACGUUGUCUCAGGCCCCCUCUCCAGCUGCACUGUCCUCUGCUCAGGUUACUUCUUCUCUCCUGCUUCCUACU